AUGUUGUCCCGUGUGUUGAACCCGGGCCGCUCGGCUGCCGCGGCGGCCAGGCGUCUCCCCAGCGCCCGUGGGGUCACAACCACCCAGAUCGGAGGCUACGAAGUCUUCGACCACUCCUACGAUGCGGUUGUCAUCGGUGCGGGCGGUGCAGGGCUUCGUGCGGCUGCUGGCCUAGUCGGACAUGGUCUCAAGACAGCCUGUAUCUCCAAGGUCUUCCCAACCCGUUCGCACACGGUGGCGGCGCAGGGUGGCAUCAAUGGUGCGCUGGCCAAUAUGACCGAGGACGACUGGCGCUGGCAUGCCUAUGACACUGUCAAGGGAGCCGACUGGCUCGGCGAUCAGGACGCCAUCCAGCACAUGUGCCGACUUGCUCCCGAAGUGAUUUUGGAGCUUGAGUCCUUUGGUUUGCCCUUCUCCCGUACCCCAGAAGGCAAGAUCUACCAACGAGCCUUUGGUGGACAGAGCCUGAAGUUCGGGAAGGGCGGGCAGGCUUACCGAUGUGCCGCGGCAGCUGACAGAACCGGCCAUGCCAUUCUGCAUACGCUGUACGGCAUGGCCCUAAAGUUCGACUGCUUGUUCUUUGUCGAGUACUUUGCCCUGGAUUUGAUCAUGAGUGACGAUGGCAAGUGUCUCGGCUGCCUUGCAAUGUGCAUGGAGGACGGCUCCAUUCAUCGCUUCGGGGCGCACUCUACCAUCAUCGCGACGGGUGGCUUCGGGCGCGCGUACCAGUCGUGUACGUCUGCACACACCUGCACUGGCGACGGCAGUGCUAUGGCUUCGCGUGCAGGUUUGCCGAUGCAGGACCUGGAGUUUGUGCAAUUCCAUCCUACAGGCAUCUUCCCAGCUGGCUGCCUGUUGACAGAGGGCUGCCGUGGGGAGGGUGGCAUCCUGCGCAACAGUGAGGGCGAGCCGUUCAUGGCUCGCUAUGCGCCAACGGCCAAGGACCUGGCCUCACGUGAUGUUGUGAGCCGUGCCAUGACCCUGGAGGUUCGUGAGGGCCGCGGUGUGGGCCCCGACAAAGAUCACAUCUACCUCCAUUUGGACCAUCUGCCACCAGAGACUUUGGCGGAGCGAUUGCCGGGGAUCUCCGAAACUGCCAAGAUUUUUGCGGGGGUUGAUGUCACGAAGGAGCCGGCUCCGGUGUUGCCGACGGUGCACUACAACAUGGGAGGAAUUCCCACGAACUGGAAGACGCAAGUUGUCCGUGAUGCCGAGAACACGAUCGUGCCAGGCUUGUUUGCGGCCGGCGAGGCUGGCUGCGCUUCCGUGCACGGAGCCAACCGCCUCGGGGCCAAUUCCCUGUUGGACCUGGUGGUUUUCGGCCGUCAAGCGGCCGACACUACCGCCGAGCUGGUGAAGCCCAAUAGCCCUCCAGUGGCACUUCCGAAGAAUGCCGGUGAGGCCAGCAUCCAGCGCAUGGACAAGAUGCGCCAUGCCAAGGGCCCCAUCCCGACCGCAGUUCUGCGACGCGAGCUUCAGGUUGCCAUGCAGAAACAUGCACCUGUGUACAGAAAUGCGGAUGAUCUGGCAAAGGGCAAGGGUGUCGUCGCAGAGGUGAUGAAGAAGUACAAGGACGUGGGUGUCACAGAUCGUAGCAUGGUGUGGAACACAGAUCUGAUCGAAACGCUAGAGCUGGAGAACCUCAUCAACCAGGCCGCCCAAGAGAUGUAUGCAGCCGAGGCUCGUAAGGAGUCGCGAGGUGCACAUGCACACGAGAACUUCCCGGAUCGCGAUGACGAGAAUUGGAUGAAACACACUCUGUCUUGGCUAGACAAGCCUUAUGUUGAGGAUGCCAAGGUGGUGUUGAAGUACCGUUCGGUGAUCGACCAGCCGCUGGACAAGGAGAUGCACCAUGUCCCGCCAGCCAAGCGUGUGUACUAA